GUCCUCGCGAGACUUCCCUGCCGGCAUUAAACAAACGUGAGGCGCUCGUCGGUCGGUUCUGGUUUCUGGAAAAAAAAAAAUAUAUAUAUAUAUAUAUAUAUAUAUAUUUUUCAGCUCAGAAAGUCGCUUCCUGAGUGACCGGCGCCGCCAUUAUGCUCUUCUAUUCGUUUUUCAAGUCUCUGGUGGGGAAGGACGUUGUGGUGGAGUUAAAGAACGACUUGAGCAUUUGUGGGACUCUGCAUUCUGUAGAUCAGUAUCUGAAUAUCAAACUAACAGACAUCAGUGUGACCGACCCAGAGAAGUAUCCGCACAUGCUGUCGGUGAAGAACUGCUUUAUCCGCGGCUCCGUGGUCCGCUACGUCCAGCUUCCUGCCGAUGAGGUGGACACCCAGCUCCUUCAAGAUGCUGCAAGGAAGGAGGCGGUUCAACAGAAGCAGUGAUGUGUGAGCAGAUCGGAGUCCAGCGAUCAUAUUCUGGGCCAUCUUGCCUCUCAGGUGUUUACCUGUAAGCUUGGCACUUGGACUACUGGUAACUUAAAGGAGACGAAAGUAUGCAGCCUUUCUGCAGAUUUUUUUUUAUUUUUUUUGUCCCCCUGAGUGUAAUGCCUUCUGUUUCCUGUUGGUGUCACUGACUGUUAAUUUUAUUUUUUUUAUAUAUAUUUUUUUUUAUGUAGAAGUCUCCCAAUCUAGGAGGUGAUACUAAAGGGUUAAUCUAGCGCCACCUUCUUCCCUGAGCAGGAGCAAAAUUGCUGAACCCCUAACGCUAUCUUGACGCGCAGUGGACAUGCUGCAGAUUUUGCUGUCCAGAUCUGCAGCAUGUCCGUGCAGAUUUCACCUGUUGCAAUGCCGAUUGCUUGUAAAGCUCUCCAAUCUCUUGCGGCUGGACGUGACUCCGUACUAGGACAGUCCUUUUUUGUGCGUCUUGCCCUUUUUGUUACCACCCUAUUUGAUUAAGAAAUGCCAUAUUUAAAGGGGUGCAUGCAUCUGAGAAGAAGUCACUUCACUCUUCCAAACACAGCAUAUGGACAAGAGUGGCGCUGUUUCUCGGAAGGUGCAGGGAUCGUGGUCGCGCAUGUGACCGUUUUUGAUGAUGAUGAUGGUCCUGCAGGAGCACGGUAUCACCAGCAGACUGCCAUUUUCCAGAAAUUAACCCUAUCUGUUAAAUCAGCAGAACCAGUUUAUUGUUAGACUUAUGUGGUGAAAAGAAGACGAGUGCGAUAUUUUUGAAGGGUUCAUGGGGCAGAUUGAUUUUUGUUCUAUUUUUAUGUUUAUAAAUAAAUAAAAUGUUUGGGGUCCCACGUGGCCCACCGUCA